GAAAAAUAGAUCAGUUUCAAGUUUCAAUUAAUGGGUGGUGUUGCAGAGGAAGUGGAAGGUGGGGUGGUUAAUGACGACUACACCCAAGACGGAAGCGUGGAUCUGAAGGGCAACCCCGUCCUCCGCCGCAAAACUGGCCGUUGGAAGGCCUGCUCCUUCAUCAUCGUGUACGAAGUGAUCGACCGGAUGAUGUUCAACGGAAUAUCGGCGAAUCUGAUAAUAUAUCUGACCACAAAGCUGAAUCAAGGCACCGUCACCGCCUCAAAUAAUGUGACCAAUUGGUCCGGAACCCUCUGGAUAACGCCCGUCCUUGGGGCUUACAUCGCCGACGCUCAUCUCGGCCGCUACCGCACUUUCCUUAUCUCCACACUCCUCUGCUUCACGUCGAUGGCUGUUCUAACGGUAGCAGUGUCAGUGCCAAGCCUGAAACCGCCGCCAUGUUUGGAAGCAAAUAAAGAAAACUGCAAACAGGCCUCCAAAUUACAGCUGGGCGUGUUCUUCGGCGCGCUGUACGCGCUUGCUGUGGCGAGCGGCGGUACCAAACCCAACAUCUCGACCAUGGGAGCCGACCAAUUCGACGAGUUCGAUCCAAAAGAGAAGGCCCAGAAGCUGUCCUUCUUCAACUGGUGGCUCUUCAGCGUCUUCUUUGGCAUUCUCUUCGCCUCCACCGUUCUCGUUUACAUUCAGGACAAUGUCGGCUGGGCCUUGGGAUAUGGCAUUCCCACUUCUGGCCUCGCCGUCGCCAUUCUCAUAUUCCUCGCCGGCACUCCCUUUUACAGGCACAAGCUCCCCUCUGGCAGCCCCUUCUCUAGAAUGGCUAAGGUCAUUGUCGCUGCUGCUUUCAAUUGGACCCUACCUCUUCCUAAAGACCCCAAACAACUUCACGAGCUUGACCUCGAACACUACUCCAAGCCUGGAACUUUCAGGAUUGAUUCCACUCCGUCCUUGAGGAUCUUAAACAAGGCUGCUAUAAAAACAGUCUCAAGUUCAACAACUGAUCACCCAUGGAAGCUAUGCUCCGUGACCCAAGUGGAGGAGACGAAACAGAUGCUGAGAAUGAUCCCAAUUCUGAUAUGCACCUUCAUUCCAAGCACAAUGUUGGCGCAGGCACACACCCUCUUCAUAAAGCAAGGCACCACUCUGGACCGAAGCAUCGGCAGCCACUUCAAAGUCCCUCCUGCAAGUUUGUAUGCUUUUGUUACCAUCUCCAUGCUUGUCACUAUCGUCGUUUACGACAGAGUCUUCGUCAAGAUAAUGCAGAGACUGACCAAAAAUCCGAGAGGGAUCACACUGUUGCAAAGAAUGGGAAUUGGAAUGAUUCUCCACGUAUUGAUCAUGACGGUGGCAUCUCGAGUAGAAAGGCACAGACUUGAUGUGGCCAGAGAAAAUGGGUUGGUGAAAAAUGGAGGACACGCGGUUCUCCCCCUCUCCAUUUUCACUCUGCUCCCUCAGUUCAUGCUGAUGGGAAUUGCUGAUGCAUUUGUUCAAAUAGCAAGUGUUGAGUUCUUCUAUGAUCAGGCGCCAGAAACCAUGAAGAGUUUAGGCAGUUCGUACAUGAUGACUUCGCUCGGAAUUGGGAAUUUCCUAAGUAGUUUUCUUCUUUCGACAGUUUCCGAUAUUACCAAUAAACGUGGGAAUGGAUGGAUUCAGAACAACCUGAACGCUUCUCAUCUUGACUACUUCUACGCCUUACUUGCGGUGCUUAAUGUUGUCAAUUUCUGCAUCUUCUUGGUCGUCUCCAAAAUGUAUGUGUACAAAGCUGAAGUCUCUGAUUCUAUAAAACUGCUCACUGAAGGACUCAAGAAGAAGAAAUUGAAGGCAUCCCACAACCAGGAUGAAAAAUAAGCCAACAUAUAUGUAUGUUUGACAUAUGCUGUCAUAUCAUAUGUAGAUUUUACUAGUCUUUUCACUUAAAACCAAGUGGAUUUAUGUAAAUGUUAUAUAUUUUUUAAUCUUUGUAUUUAUGUCAAAAUGUCAAUUUUAAUCUUUCAAACUUUUAAUUGGAUCAAUUUAAACUCUUAACUUGAUUAAGUUGUAAAACUCAUAUAUUCUCUAGCCAUCACCGUCGAGCGUGGCAAUGGGAUGG